AUGCUUCAGACAUCCCCCCAGAAUGUUUCUUUUGGUCUACAGGCCCAGAUCAACACGUACAUGCCACUCGCCUUCAAACUAUCGAGUGCAGACAUUUUCUCCCAGACUCUCCAAAAGAUGUCUGUCAUUCCCCUUCAGUCCCCAGAGAUGAUUGGAAACCUUUUGUCUGGGACCGGAGUCCCACUCUCUGCUACUGGUCUCAUGGGGACCUACACCGUGCCGGGUGACUUGGUGCUGUCCGGCACCAACUCAGUGCUGUCCGGCACAAACUCAGUGCUGUCCGGCACCAACUCAGUGCUGUCCGGCACCAACUCAGUGCUGUCCGGCACCAACUCAGUGCUGUCCGGCACCAACUCAGUGCUGUCCGGCACCAACUCAGUGCUGUCCGGCACCAACUCAGUGCUGUCCGGCACAAACUCAGUGCUGUCCGGCAUGCGGCUAUCCGGCAUACUACACGUAUGUCUAGCUAGGGUCAUUAGUUCAUCAAAGCCAGUUGCAAUGUUGUCAUCAUUAUGA